AUGGCUCACAACUGUCGCGUUAGAUCAAGACUACGAGCUUCUGUAGCAUUAAUUGUAGUUAUAUGUGUGUGUUUAAAGCAAGUGAAAGGAUCCUGCCUAAGCUACGGUCAUUCGUGUUGGGGAGCCCACGGUAAACGGGCGGGUCCGCCGGGACGUACAGCUUCUGGUGAUGUUGUACAGUUUCAACCACAGCCACUGUUGGACCAAGCCAACCCACUCCCUGCUGCAUUAACCGCCGCGGAACGGUGGGCUUUGGUCAAAGUUCUCCCAGAAAAGAACGCGUACCAUCCAUUUAGCAAAGUGAUAUAUUCACCACCGGUUGUUGCAACUGGUUCGUUUUUAACCACCAACGAUUUAGGCUCAUCUGGGUCAGAUUCUUCGCGAAUGUUAAUGGAUUCAACCAACAGUGCGGAAGGAAGACUGGCUGAAACUAGCAAUGAUUCCAAAUCGCUGUCAUCAACAGAACAGGAGCUAACACUUGGUGAUGAUCGACUAAUAACGGCAGUUACGUCCCCGAACACGCGUCGCAGAGAUCAUCGGCACAAGAAAAAACCGCAACCAAUGACUACACACCGUCGAUAUGGUGGACGCGAUGAAAGAUUUGACGAUAACAUGAAUAUCGCCCGAUUCGUAGCGCCAAGCGACGACGAUGUGAGUCAAAUGUUGCUGCUCAAUGCUGCCAUGGCUGCUGCAGCAACAAUGCAAACCGACAAUGACGUUUCCGUUGCAAAUGAGCGGUUUAAUCGGAAGUUGUUCAACGAAGACACUAAAAACUCGAUCCUGCUAAACGCAUAA